GUAAAUUUGAACAAAUAACUACAAUUAUAAUCAUUGUUGAUAUCAUGAUAACCUUUUGCUGCUAAUAAGUAGACAGUUUUAAGAUCUAUCAACUCUUUGGUCUAGAAGUAAGGCAGAAAUUAAAUCAUUAAAAACUGAAUCAUCAAGCGAUGAGUGGUGAAGUUCCCGGCCACUACCAUUUAGUGUGGUUAAAUUCCUGUCUACAAGAGACACUCCUACCAGGCUCUUCUUGGACUAAGAUAAGAGAUGCAAUCAAUGCAAGGCUAGUCACCAAAGUGGAAGCAUUUUGCAAAAAUUCUCAAACUGAGAGGAUUCAGUCUUUGUUGCAUCUGCUGGGAAGACAGUUUGUAGAGACAUACCUUGGCAGUUUAGCUCUUUAUAACCAGGCCACCCAAGACAAGUGGGAUCUCUCAGAUUCUAACAAAGAGGAAGCAGAAGCAUGGCUGAAAACAGCACUUCAUGAGAUCACAGGAAGUCUUGGGUUACAAUGGAGAGAGAGCAGAGAUGCUGUGUCUAGGGAUAUGUUGGAGUUUGUUGGGUUUGCUCAGCAAACAGUGCAAAGAGGAAUGGAGAGAGAAUUGGCAGCAACAGAACAGAAGGUUGUUCAUGAUCAAGAAAAGAGUUUAUCAAACAGUCAAAAGCCAAGUCUCCUUGGAUGCAGCCACCAAAGUGAAACUCUUGGCAAAGCUGUGGCUGCCCUCCUCAAAAGACACCCCUCUCAGCUAGGCCGCAUCUGUGAACAACUCCAAGGACGACCGUUGACUAAUUCCCUGAGACACCUGAUUUGGUCUAUGAACCUACAGAGGAAUAAUCUAGACAGUGUAAACUCCCACGAGGACUUAGAAACUGAAAUGGAAGAAAUCAGAUCUCAGUUUGAAGUGACUCUUUCUUGGGGUUUAAAAGAACUGGGUGUGUCAAGCGCAGUUCACUCCCCCAUAGCAGGGGUGGUAGAAAAUGCUGUCUCUGAGGCAUACAAAUACAGACAUGGUUUUCACAGUGAAUUGGUCACUGAGAUGCAAAUAAGGCUAGUGGUGGAAGCCUUGAAUGUGCUGUAUGUCUACAAUAGGAGUUAUGAACCUCAGUAUGCCUUGCUUGUGUAUCCACUGAUUGUUAGUGCUCUGAAUGAAUACAAAGAUGCAGGAAAUUCAUCUCAAGAUGUGGCUCACAAGCUUGCAAUAUCCCUGCACCUUUUGCUCAAAAAUUGUUUCCCAACAAGGCUGAAAAUCUUCAGCAUGGCUGAUCAUGUCAUGCAAAGACUGCAACGUGAAGAUGAGGAGCUGUACAAUCACCUAACUAGUGAAACACUAAAGAAUCUGUCUUCUAACCCAAGAGAAUUCCUGGUGAAUUUUAUUCACACAGAGAAAGAGAAGGCCAUGUUGGCCGAAAGACAGGCAGUGGGAAGUUCAUUUGAAUCAUUGCCAUCUGAUGCUAAGGAGCUGCUGUCCCACCCUGUUAUGUUUAUAAGAAAAUGGAUAGCAGAGGGCUUUGUGGGCAUUCUAGGAGUCCAUGCUGUCAUGCUUGUGUGGGAUCAGUGCUUCCUGAGUAACUGGAAGCAUAAUGUGAUGGAGAACACAUGUCUUGUCAUUCUCCAGCUCUUGAGAGUACACAUUUUAGAAGCUGAGGGCUACAUUGGCAUCAGAAAGAGUUUGUUGGAUCAACCAUCUGAGUUGUUUACUGUAGAUGUUCAGAAAGGACUGUCAUACCUGCACAAUGGAGGAGCAUUAAUUGAUGUUGGAUCACUCAGACAGCCCACACCCGUCCCAUCACCCUCAGAGCAUGGUGAAACUGUACCUAGCCCAAUACCAUCUGCAUCUGAAUCUAGUCAGUCAUCACUAACCAGACCAAUCAGUAGACGUUCUACACCCAGGACACCUUUCCAGGCUGAUCCUGUGGAAUUAUGGGUUGAGGCCAAAGCGACAUCAUCACCCAUGGAAGAGACUACUAACUAUGAUUCAUUUGAUGUGUAUAUUGAUGAAGUGAGGUUUUUACCUGACAAUGCUACUAUCAUAAAGGUUACUGGUAGUAUUUUGGGACCUUUUUGGAAGACACCUGAGACUUUGGAGAUCUCACCCGUUGAGGCAUUUCCAAUGCUAGAUUCAUCAGCAAGAUGUCCUAAAUUUCAUUAUAAGUACACUGUAAAUGCCCCUGCAAGUGGCAUUCCAGAAGAAGUUAUGUUGCUGCUGAGAAUCUACACACUAGAUAUUAACAGUGGAGAUUUGAUUGUCAUUGGAAACAGCAUAAUCAGGAUUUUCACUGAAAAAGACAAUGAGUGGCAUCUUAAUGUCGGAGGACAUCAGCUCCCCUUGAAACAUAUUCUUCCAUCCACUGUGGCCAGACUUACAGAAGAGUCUUUUGAUGGCAUAACAAAGGUUCCUGUCUGUUCAGUUCUCAUCAGGCUCUUGCCUCAUUCAGAGGUGUUCAUUGAGGCCCCUGGUUAUGCAAGUGGAUUCUAUGUCAGUGAUCAUUGUAAACCCAACGAAUCAGAGAGGUGUAUAUUCAGAAGGUUCCAAGGCUAUCAUGCUUAUCCUCCAACAGUAAGGGAGGCUGUGCGUGACAUCAAAGAAGAGGAAGCAAAUCAAGAUACAGAAGAGUUUGACCUCGCAAAUGAUCAAGUUGUCACUCAGUGGUAUCAACGAAGGACAAGCAAACACAUUUUGAUGAGGGAGCCACCCAAGGCAAUGGACCUGAUCAAAGUUGUGCAAUAUGACCAGAAACAGGGUCUAUCCAUAAUGGUUGAACAGGCAUUUGGCCUUCCAAACACGCACUUUGUAAAUGCCUUGCUACAUGUGUCUCCUGGACAUGAUGUGCAAGAUAAACAAGCAACAGAGGAAGGCCUUGGUGGAGAAGAGAAGGCAUUGGUAAAACAACGGGACUUCAACAGCUUCCAGAAAUCACCCAAAUGGAUAGACCCAUUUAUGGUGUUUCACCCUCACUGGGAUGAAAUGACAGUUUUGAUAGUAAGGCUGUACUCACUUGAUGCGUCAUACACCCCUCGUGGUGAUGGAGCUGGACCAGGCUCUGUUGCUGAUCGAAAAGGAAAGACUUUGACUCUGGUCCCAGCUGGAUGGACUGUACUUCAGCUCUUUUCAAACGAGUAUGUGAAUGCUGGAGUGCACUAUUUACCCCUCUUUGAAGGGACUCCAAGUGCAACUUUUCUAGAAUUUGUAUCCAAUCAUUCAGUGGAGACGAGUUUGCAGGAAGCAAUCAAGCAAAAUAUACACAAUUUGUUGGGUAUCUCCUGCGUGGCUGUUCGACUUUGGGAUGCACAUUACUCCCCAGAUGAAUGCAUUCCUUUACCAGUUAAGGAAGAACUUUUAUCUCUUGGAAGACAAGACAGAUACUGGAGAACAAUCCAGACAACUUCAGGGAAGUUAAUCUCUGAUAUGGUAUUACAGACUCUCACCCGGCAGGAACGGAAACAAGGUGUGGCAGGGAGUCGGUACAUUGCUGAGAAAGAAAACUAUGAAGAGGCUAUGAACAGUGCAUUCAAUAACCUUUUGGUUGAUGUUCUUCUGCAGAGUGGCCUGGGGCCAUUGACAUGAUGGUGAAAGAGGGUCUGAGUUUUUCAGUGAUGAUAAUUAAAGUUGGUUUGACAUAAUGGAGAGAAUGUAGUCCAUCUUGCAGUUCUAGAUUUUUUCUUCAUUAUUUAUUUUUUGAACUCUGUUCAAAGCACUGGUAUACUAAAUGAGAAUUGUUUUUGUACAUAAGACUACCUGAAGAUAGAUAAGCAAAAAAUUGUACAAACUUGGUGAUAACUUUUAUUUUUUUAAUUUAAUACUAAGCAAUAAAAUUGCUAGUGAAUC